AUGGCAGCAGAAAAUAGGAAAAAGUGCAAGAGUUGCUCUGGACGUUUAAUGGAGCAAAGGAGAAAGCAAAGUAAUGGUUUCGACAGAAUUGGAACGUAUAAGAUUUUUGUUUUGUUUAUUAUUUCUCUAAACACUUUCAUCGUCAAAAAUGAGGAGGCAGUUAAUGUAUUGCAAAGGUGUAAUGGUUUUUCCAGAAUGCUGGGUGAGUCUCCCUUGAGCGAACCAGUGAAUGAUGAUUCCACAAACGCUUCCACCGUUGAGAAGAAGAAGAAAAAUUAUUUCCAAAGAAAAGACAAAGAUUAUGAUAAAGUUAUACAAGAGUUAAAGGAAAAAUUAAAGAGUCAGUACCAGCACAGUGAAUCCGAAGAAGACGAAUGA